ACAUGGAGUAUAUCAAGCCGAGAUUAGACCAGGUGAAAGUUGUUGCUGUCACUUGUCUGGGAAUUACUAGUUCCUUGCUCACUGGCAAGAAGUUUGAUGUUUGCAUCAUGGAUGAAGCUGGGCAGAUCACUCUCAUGAUAUCACUUGGACCUUUGAUGUUUAGUUCGACUUGUGUUCUUGUUGGUGAUCACUAUCAACUACCCUCACUUGUUCUAACAAAGUUCAGAUCUUUGUCUUCAUCCAGUUUGGUUCACUUUGCUGCUGACAUCUUAUAUCACAUUCAAGUGAUUGUUUGAUGAAUCAAUUUGUAGAGUGCAGAGGCUCGAGAGAAUGGAAUGGGG